AUGUCCAACUUUGAGAAGGACUAUAACAGCCCGGCCAGCGAAAGAGCCGACGACCAUCAGAAGUACGCUCAAGAUGAGGAAAAGCUGGAGAGGAAUUCCAGUGGUUCGAGCGUCGAAGGCAACGAUUCUCCUGCUCGUAACGUCCAUGGCAUGAAAUGGGUCCUCGUCGUUGCUAGCCUCAUAUCCGCAACAUUUCUCUGGGGACUGGACGGUACUAUCACAGCGGAUAUGCAAGCCACCUUCGUUCGGGACUUCAACUCCAUCGACAAGUUAGCCUACAACUCGGUCGCCUUCUUCCUGGGCGCUGCUGCCUGCGUUCUGACAUGGGGCCAAAUUUAUGGACAAUUCAAUGUCAAAUGGGUCUUCAUUGUUGGAAUCGUUCUCUUCGAAAUUGGUAGCGCCAUUUGUGGCGCUGCUCCCAACAUCGAUACUUUGAUUGCUGGUCGGGCCAUCUGCGGUGUUGGAGGCAGUGGCAUGUACGUUGGUGUGCUGACUCUGCUAUCGAUGACAACGACCGAGAAAGAACGAGCACUUUAUAUGGGCUUUCCGGGAAUCACCUGGGGCAUUGGAACGGUCCUUGGCCCUAUCAUCGGCGGAGCUUUUGCAGAAAGCAGUGCCACUUGGCGGUGGGGAUUUUACAUCAAUCUUUGCGUAGGCGGGCUCUUUGCUCCAGUCUAUCUCUUCUUGGUGCCAUCGAAAGAUCCGAGACCACACACCGAUGUUCGGAGUCGAGCUCGCAACAUCGAUGUCCUCGGCUUUGCACUUCUCGCAGGAUCGACGACCUCACUACUUCUGGCCAUCAACUUUGGAGGGCUGACUUUUGACUGGAAUGCCCCAUCGAUGAUCGCCCUAUGGUGUGUAGCAGGAGUGCUCUUCAUUGCCUUCUGCUUCCAACAAGCUUUCGGCUGGCUGGCAAACGACGUCGUCUUCCCAGUCGCCAUGAUGAGGAAUCCCAGUGUUCUGAUCAUCUUCUUCAACGAGACCUGCUCGGCCACCUGCUGCUUCCUGCCGUGCUACUUCAUUCCUCUAUACUUCCAGUACGUCCAAGACGAAUCACCUCUCAUGGCCGGAGUCCGACUUCUGCCAUUCAUUGUGUUCAUGGUAGCCACCGUCAUGGUCUGUGGAUCGAUUGUGAGCAAAUUCGGCCGCUGGCUCCCAUGGUUCUUCUACGGAGGAGCGAUGGUACUCACCGGCGGUGCUCUGAUGUACACUUCCGAUGAGAACACCUCCGCCGCAAAGAUCUACGGCUACAGCAUCUUGAUCGGAUCUGGUACGGGUGCCUACAUUCAGAUGCCCUUCAACGCUUGUCAGGAGUUUGUUAGUCCGACGUUGAUCCCUGCUGCCGUUGGGUUGAUCACCUGGGCGCAACUUGCGGCUCCGGCAAUCACCUUGAGCAUUGCCAAUGCUGUGUUCCUCAACGGCGCAAAGGAGGCGCUUACUCAGAUAUUGCCCUCUGGGCUCAAGGAUCAAGCUUUGACGAUUGUUUCUGGGGUUGGCAAAGACCAGAUUACGAGGCUGUCGCAGCAGGGAAGGCAGGAUGUUGAGCAUGCAAUGGUUGAGAAUAUUGCGAAGAUUUAUGUUCUGAUCAUGACGUCGGGGGCUUUGACUUUGGUGUUGUCGUCGGUGUUGGUGCUGCGGUUGAGGAGGAAGGAUACAGCACAAUAA